UUUCAGCUGUGCGGUUCCAGGUGUGGGCCGAUCAAGCUGAAUAUUGCCCGAUUCAAAUCACCAGGUGAUUUCUUUGUGCAUCUCUAAUUAAAGGUUGAGUUGUAUAACCUUCUUUUGUGUUACACAAAUGUUAAAACCGCAAAAUUCUGGUUCUGGGUCAAUUGGCCUGAAACUGCUAAUUUAAAGUGUCUCUUAUUACCAUUUCUUCUUGUCAGUGUCUAGAAAGACCUAGACAAGGGGAACAAUUUUCUUUGUCUAACAUCUAUCGCAAAACAGUUUCAAACCACCUAAAUAUGUAGGUUUUGUUGCAUUUCUUUUCAGAUUUUGUGAAAUCUACCUUAGCUCCUGCUCAUGUGCAACACAAGCUGCUGGUUAAAUCCAGCAGCUAUAGACGUCUAUGGGGAUAACAGUAGGUUAAAAUAUAACAAAACAUAUAUCCAUUAAAGUGAAGCAUCAUGGGUAUACCUAACAGUCCGGUUCCUUUGAUGCAGUUCUGUUUAUUUAAGCCGCCACUCCUCUCACUCCCACCAACAUGGUCCCACGUAGGGGUUUUCUCCAACCGUAUGUGCCGUGUACUAUGCUGCCGUUCCCAUAGCAACAGCAGCCGCUGCAGCAGACAGAGCAGGAAGUGUGCAUCUGUUUGUGUGUGUGACUGGAAGGGAGCAUUUUGGUGCUGAGAUGGGAGAAGAAGCAGAGGCUACAGGAGGAAUGCACGAUACGAGGCUUGUUGAAAGGCACACCUGUGGAGCGUAGACGGCACCGUGCUUGUGUGUUGCAUGCAUGCAUGUCCCUGAAUACGCGUGUGUGCGUGCCUGGUGCCUAUGCAAUGGAGGGUCACCUGUUUCAUGUCUACAACCACGUGUACAGUUUCAACAACCUGAACACGGAGAACAUGACGGUGAUUCUGGUGCAGGUGAACCCAGGGGAGACGUUUACCAUCCGGGCGGAGGACGGCUCGCUGCAAUGCAUUCAGGGUCCUGCUGAGGUUCCCAUGAUGUCCCCGAAUGGGUCAAUCCCCCCAAUACACGUACCCCCAGGUUACAUCUCACAGGUGCUGGAGGAUACCACAGGGGUUCGCCGAGUGGUGGUGACCCCCCAGUCCCCAGAGUGCUACCCUCCCUCUUACUCUCCAGCUCUGUCCCCCACGCACCACCUCCCCCCAUACCUGACUCACCCCCACUUCCUUCCCAACUCUCACUCUUUCUAUCCCCCUGUCAGCCCGGGCGAGCUGCCCCCUCACCAGUACUACCAGCACCACCUUCCGCCAAUGUACGGCGAUCCAGAAAUCAUCCCAGUUUAUGGGAUGUCCAACUACAUCGGCAGAGAAGAGACGUACACUAAGCCACAGCCUAAAAAGAUAAAGGAACAGAGACUAGAGCGACAGAACCGACUCAAUUCUCCUCCUUCUACUCUCUAUAAGGGCAGUCUUGGGCCAGCACACAACGGAUACAGUAACAAAUCACACACCCCAUCGCUUGGGUCAGUGGGGUCAGGGGGUGGAGCCAGCAGUCCAGGGGGCAAGAAGCCAGAAAGACGACACCGUUGCAGUCCACGAAACAGUGAGCCAGAGACACACACACAAGAUCAUGAUUCAGAGGGGAAACGUGUUCAAGACAUGCUGUCUACAAUCGACAAACCACAGGUGUCUAACAUCCAGGCGCGGGCUGCUCGGCUGUCCUGGGGCCUGCCAGGUGGGCUGGUGAACAGGCACAGUAACGGGAUGCCUGUCUCCUGCUCCUACGAGGUUUCUCUCUCAGACAAGGGAAAGGACGGAAAAUAUCGCCUUAUAUACAGUGGUGAAGAGUUGGAAUAUCAUCUGAAAGAUCUAAGGCCAGCGACAGACUACCACGUACGGGUUUCAGCAUUGUACAACUCGGUUCGAGGCUCGUGUUCAGAGGCCGGCUCGUUUACCACACACUGCAGCGUCCCUGAUGUCCCGUUGCCCCCGAAAUUCUCUCACCGCACAAAGACGAGCCUCAGUCUACAGUGGAAGCCUCCAGGCGACAACGGAUCCAAAAUCACAAACUACCUGCUCGAGUGGGAUGAGGGAAAGAAGAACAGUGUUUUCAGAGACUGUUACUUUGGGAACCAGCGACACUGUAAGCUGACACGGCUGCAGCCAGCCUGUGGCUACACAUUCAGAUUGGCUGCAAAUAACGACAUCGGCACAAGUGGCUUCAGUACAGAGGUGGUGUUGUAUACCACGGGCACUCAGCCCCCUCUGCCCCUCGCGCCACGGCUGGUCAGGGCGGGGGUCUCUUGGGUGAACCUGGAGUGGGUGCGUCCCGAGGGCAGCCCCACCGAGGAGCAGCUCAAAUACACACUCGAGAUCCAGGAGGACAACAGCGGAACAGAUUUUUAUCCAAAGUACACUGGAGAAAACUUGACCUGUACUGUACAAGGCCUGAAGAGAAGUACACAGUAUAAAUUCAGGCUGAUUGCGUCAAACGUGGAAGGAAAAAGCAGCCCCAGUGAAGUGUUGGUUUGCACCACCAAUCCAGACAAGCCCGGCCCUCCGUCGACACCCCGGGUCACCGGAGUGACACCUUAUGGCUUCAGCAUCACAUGGGAUCCACCCUUGGACAACGGGGGCUCAGAGGCCCUCACUUACCUCCUCGAGAUUUCUGAAGGAUGCUCCGAAGCGAGCCAGUGGGAUGUGGCGUACAGCGGCCCUGCAACAGAAUGCGUGUGUGAGCGGCUGACACCGGGAACCGUUUACCACCUACGUGUAUGUAGCAUCACCACGGGAGGACACAGCCCGUGCACUGUUUGUGUUCCGGUCCGUACAUCAAGUGUCCCACCAGGACCCUGUCAGCCACCGCGGAUCGUUGGGAAAGCCAAACACAAGGAGGUCCAGUUAGAAUGGGAUUCCCCUGCCUGUGAGGGAGUGUGUGAAGAGUGUGUGUACAGCCUGGAGAUGAGUGAGGGAGAAGCAAAGCCAGCAGAAGUGUACCAUGGCUCAGAGCUGCAGUGCACGGUUGCUAGUUUGCUUCCUGGUGCGACGUACAGCUUCCGGCUAAGGGCAACCAACGAGGCCGGGUUCGGGCCAUAUUCUGAGCCGACAGAAGUGACGACCGCAGCUGGACCUCCUGGUCAGUGUGGGGCGCCACUCAUCACGCUCACAAGUAACACCUGUGUGACGCUCGACUGGGAGAGCCCCGAGGGUUCGGGGACAGACAUCUCAGAGUAUCGACUGGAGUGGGCGAAGGAGGACGAACCCUGGGAGCUCAUUUACUGCGGCUCUGCCACACAGUGCGAACUGUCAGAGCUGACGCCUGCUACGGAUUACUGCUGCAGGCUACAGGCGGUGAACCAGGCUGGCGCUGGUCCAUACAGUGAGAGGGCGAGUUUCCAGACACCGGCGACGCAUCCCGACCAGGUCUCGACCCUCACUCUCCUGGACCUCCCGGCGUCCUCCGAGGCGGGUUACUCCUCGUCUACUUGCCUCCUCUUGAAGUGGGAAAAGCCAAGCAGCAACGGUUCGGAGAUCUCCUCCUAUAUCAUCUCUGUAGACGACCAAACUGUCACCGUGGAAUCGGGGACGAGUCACCUCGUCACAGGCCUGCAGCCAGACACUGAAUACAGUCUGCAGAUUCAAGCAGUGAACGCCAUUGGCUUUGGUCCUCUGAAUCCAUUGCUGGUAGCGAGGACCCGCCCCCUUCCUCCAGCCCCGCCCCCACUCGAAUGCUCCGCCGCAGGCCCUCAGAGCCUGAAGCUCAAGUGGGGCGAGAAUGCCGGACACACACGCACCCUCCUCUCUGAAGACGUGGUCUACACACUACAAAUGGAAGACAAGAACCACAGGUUUGUGACCAUCUACCACGGUCCCAGCCACACCUACAAAGUCCAACGACUGAUUGAGUCCAGCAGCUACAGCUUCAGAAUACAGGCCCUCAGUGUAGCCGGGGAGGGUCCUUUCUCUGAUACAUAUACGUUCUGCACCACCAAGUCUCUACCCCCCGCCAUCAAAGCCCCCAGGAUUCAUCAGCUGGAGGGGAACGUGUGUGAGGUGACAUGGGAGACUGUCCCACCAAUGAGAGGAGACUCUGUGAACUACAUCCUCCAGAUGCUGGUGGGGCGUGAGUCUGAAUACAAACAGAUUUUUAAGGGAGACGAAGGUUCAUUCCAAGUUUCCAGUCUUCAGGCAAACACAGACUAUCGUUUCCGCGUUGGCGCAUGCCGCCAGUGCCGGGACACGCACCAGGAGCUGUGCGGGCCGCUGAGCCCCUCCUCCCUGUUCACGCUGCGCCGCCAGGAGUCAGCUUCGUCGGGAGAUCAUAGUGCUUUGGAAACGGGCAAGGGGGCGGGCCUGAUCUCGAGCGACGAGCGCUUCGCGGCGCUGAUCGUGUGCAUGUUCGCCGGCCUGUCCAUCCUCAUCGCCUGCCUGCUACAGUACUUCUUCAUGAAGUGAGGGAAUUUUUAACUAUAGGAUAGAAAACGAAAUCAAAAGAAUAAAUCACAGAAAUGAACUUUUACAAAUGUCUAUGAAAGAACAGAAUGAAAUCAAAACACUUGAGAUGUACUUUUAAGGCUAUGUAUGUCGAUUUUUUUUUAAAAAACAACAUUUUUUUUGCAAUCAAAGCAUUGAUUCAGGCUUCUCUAUUUUUCCUCUCCCUUUACCCGUUUCGGUGUCAUUUUCUUCUACACCUCUGUCGUGUUUGUCUCUUUUGUUAAGGAUUUCUGUUGAGGGAAGCUUCAUCUUGGCUGUACCUCAGUUGGGAAAGAAAACUGAUAAUCAAGCCUUAAAAUAAGUGUGAGCGAAACACUUGCUCCUCAUACUGACUUGCAUGUUUUUUAUUUUUAUUUUAUAUGUCUACAUAUUCAGUAGAAAACAUAUAUAUUUCUCUGCCGUCAUUGCCUUACUUUUUGUUCGCUGCGGUCUGUAUUCAUUCAGCCAUAUUCAAGUGUAGGCCUUUAAAACUUUAGCUUUUCCUACUUAUUCAGUUUGUACCUUCUCUGCAGGCUGUCGGUCAGGACAAACAAUCGCCUGACCAAAACACACACUUACACAUGCGAAACUCUGUACAUAACCAUGCAUGCAUACGAAACUACACAUGUGCAAGGACAAUGAGAAAAAAACUAAUUUCCAUUUUGAAGACAGUCAUAUCUGCUCAGCUUUUGCCAUUCAAUAACUCGCACAUUCAGCUACCAAAGUGAUGCAAUCGUUUGUGGUGUAAGACGCUGCUAUCCUGUGAUUUCAUAGUAUCGGAGAGAAAGAAUGGAAAAACGUGUAAUUUAGUGUGAAAAAUGAUGGCAAAGUAAGGUUGAAAUGUAAAAGGGGGAAGGAGUGAACUAGGUGCUCAAAAGUACAAGCUCUGAGGUCAGUUUAGCAAUUUGUGCUAAAAGGGAUAGUUCAGAAUGUUUAAAGUUAGGUUCUGUUAAAAUUUAUAGGCAGUUCAUGUUUUCUUUACAGCAGAUAACUGUCUUGGCGUUUCCAUGUAGUAUGAAUCCAGAUUACUUGGUUUCCGAGGCAGAAACUAAUGACUAGUCUAGGAGGGGCCAAGACUGAAGCGGACUUCUGCUGUUUUCAAAACAACUCCGGUCUUUAAAACAUAAAAGCGUUUUAUUCGAAUGCUUUUCAAAUAAGAAUUAAAAAGGCAUUAAAUAUGUGAUGACGUAAUUGGCUCAUAAGACGGGAUGGCAAAAUGAAACAAGACAAGAUCUUAGAAAUAUAUAUGGUUCUUUGUUUUGACAAACUGAAGUCCUGACACAUUGCAUACUAUAUUUUAAGGAAUAUUUGACCAGAGUAAAAUUAUUUGUUCAGGUUUAGCCCAUCUAUGUGUUGCAGUUUGCUAGUCUCAAAAAUGCUAACUUUAGCUUCAUGGCUAACAGUUAGACAGUAGCAGUAUUCCCUCGGUGCUUACAGAUUAUUUUGAAACGGCCUAUAAUUGUUUUCUUUUUCUACUGGAAAUCCAAAAUAUUGUCAUACAAACAAUUCAGAAGUGACAGGACUUCUUAAACUCUUUUGCAUCAGAGUAUUGGCAGCUACCCUGACAUUGGUCACCUCUCUCAAAUGACCCGACCUCAAUAACUAUUUUCAGUCUUAUUUCAAAACAAGAAUCUCAAACAUAGAUAUAGGGACUCGAGUCAAAAGCACUCACCUUCAUAUCAGGGGAUUUAUUGGGAUUUAUGGGUGCAAGAGGACAGCAGUGUCUUCAUGAUAGUUGAGUGGUUUUUAAACUAAAAUAGCUCCAACAUGGUGGACUUAUUUUAAUAAGAAAUACGGAACCGCUUAUUCUCGUUUCACAAAAAGCCAACGUUUAUUUUCUGUGAGGUCAGAGGUGAUGUGCUGCCAUCUGUCUUACUGUCAGAAACUGGCACUGAAAACAAAACAUGAACUACCAGAUAGAAAUUCAUAGUGAAGUAAAAAGUUGCAACAUUUUUUGUGGCCUAACUGAACAGUAUUUCAUUCAUUUUUACAUUACCUGCCUUUAUGUAUGUACUGUACCUUUCGAUCUUGUGUUCCGCACAGGAAGAUAAUCAAGGGCGCACUGCCUCCAAACUUCUUUUCCUCUGCAAAAUUCAUUGCAUUUGUAUAAAGUUUAUCUCAAGUUUAAAGGUUAAUAGAUUGUGUUCCCACCCAACACUUGAGUUAUUAUUUUUAGACUGGAGUUGUUUUAAGAUGUAGAAAUUCACGCAAGCCUGUCCUUUGUUGGACUAGCUGUUAGCUUCUGCCACUGGGACCACCUACACUGAGUUUAUGCUAAAUCUGCAUGCCAAGAGGCCUUAAGUAAGGUAUUAACUGCUUCUAAUCUUUGGACAGUACCUCAGCAUUCCUUUAAAUACCACUCUUUGGUCAGAAUCUGGACCUUAUGUUGGGCAUUUGUUGACUCCAGGAAAACAGGCUGGGAUCGCAAUCGCCUGUUGCUUUUCUUAGGAAGGAGUUGGCCCAGCACAUGUUUGAUCCUUUGUAAGACCCUUGGGGGUUCUACCUUCUCAGAUGUAAUAACUUCAACCUCUUUAUCUGUAGCGCGAUUUUGGAAUAAGAGGUGCUAGCAGCGUGUCGGCGACCUUUUCUACAAUCUGCAUUUGUAAACUGGGAAAAGCCAUUAGAAGUUAGCUUGCGCUUUGUUCUCCAGACAUUUAGCACAAACGCUGAAGCUGUUUCUCCUUGUAGCGCGUCUGUGAAUCAAUACAUUUAAAGACUCUUCCCCUCUUUUUGCAUCUCCUGAAUAUUUCUACUUAAUCCCCCCCUUUUUUUUGGCUCUGCCUACUUCUCACCUGCUUUCGAUCCAUCCUGUCUCUCUGCUUCUUCCACAUCUCUUACUCUUUCUCUAUUAAAAGGUGCUUUAUUGACAUGUAAUCAGAGCGGUAGCAAGUCUGUGAUCUCUAUUCAGACAGACAUGAUCUCUGAGGACUUGAACUAAUCUUCACUAACCAAACAAAGCCUUGGACAGGACACAGCUCAACAGAACAGGGCAUUGUGACAUACGAAACACCCCCCCUGACCUCUGUGUCCCGCCUCAUGUCUGCUCCUCCCAGCAAAUCCUUUACAUCAAAGCCAAGGUACAAACCGUGUUUAUCUUCUGUAGUCCAAAGAAGUCACCCCGAUCUGCAUUAUUAAUGUGAGACAUGCCUACUUCAGCUGGGUUGGAGUUUGGUGGCGAGACCGGACGGGAGGCAGAGGUUUUGAUUAGCUCUGAGUGGCAGCCUGUAACGUACCUCAGGGAUAAGGCCUUACAGAGGGGGAGAUCCAUUUCUGUCGUCCCCAUAGCUGUCAUCACCAUCUUCAUAUUGACCAUCCUUUUCUCGCCUUCCUCCUUCUUCUUCCCUCUUGACGCUGCGUCUCGCCCUCUGUCCUCGCUGUGCCUUGCUUCGUAUGUGUCAGUAAGCAAAGCGGUUUACUAGCUCAGAAAAAAAAUAAAAAAAUCUUUGCCAAAGUUGAUGGGAAAGUCAAGGUAGAGUCCUUUUCUAGGUUUUAUUUAUACUAUAUAUUUGCAUACAGUACUUUACAUGCCAAUUACAGUGCAAUCUUCAUUUAUUUAUUGUUUAAAGAUUAAGAGACAAGUGUAGUUAUAUACUAAUUUUUUUCUUGUAGCAUGUUUUUUUUAUGGAUGUAUGUUAGAUUGUAUGAUUAAGGCCAGCAUUCCUUAUCUCAGUAACCCUUUAAGUAUUUUUCUUGCUCAUCAGUUCAUGCAUUACCGUUUCAGACAUGUAACCAAAUGCCGAUGGGUUUCUGUAACGCUUAGAGACACAUGUAGCAAGCCAGACCUUAGUGUCACUUCAAGUUCCUUCGUAUGGGGAUGAAUAUUUCUGCCUUUGGCUUUUUUUUCUGUUCUGAAUAGUGUUAUAUUGAAGCUUCUGAUAUCUUAUUUUACAGUUUUUAAUGCCAAAGUGCAGCCUUUUUAGCGAACUCUAGAUAUUGCAGCCAUCUUGAGCGUUCUGUGAUGUUCUUCUGUAACAGCACACCAUUACAACUAUUAUUAUUGUUAGUAUUGGAACUCUCUCAAAUGGAACAAAACAUUAACUUGAUCUGUGAUUACGCUUUUUUUUUUUUUUUUUACAUAAUGUUUUUUUUAUUGUGUUUUAUAAAGCUAAAUUGUGCCAUUUAAGAAAUGUCAAGACCCCGUACUUUGUAGAAAUAUUUUUUUUAAACUAAUUUCACAUUUAAAUUGAAAGAAAACAAAACAAAAACAAUCGUGACGAUUUCAGGCAGAUGAUGAUGGGUGCUGGUUAUUUCGCCCGUUCGCCGUUUCGUACCUUUGCAUGUUUGGUUGUUUUUGAUUCCACAUUUUCUGUGUGAAUUGGUGACAUUGAACGCACCGUCGUAUCACUUGUCAACCUACAAUUUAAAGGAAUUUUCUAGAUUCUACUGAUAGUCUUGUGGAAGGAAAUGUAGGUUUAUAACUUCAAUAAACAACAUCUUUAUAUAAGAAAGACAUUUAACUAUUUUCAUUUGAUCAGGGGGUCCUAACCUGUUGUGUUUUCUAACAGUCAGUUGGCCAAAACCUGAGUCGCGUUCAAGUUUUAAUAAAUGGAAUAGAGUUUAACGCUAACAUUUUAGACACUACAGUGGCUCUCAAAAGUGUACAGAACCCUGUUAGAAUUCCUGGGGUUUGUACUUUUGUGGUGCAUCUAUCAAUUGUUUUUAUGUAUAAUGUGAAAUGUAUCCCAGGUGAUUCAUCUGAAAAAUGUGAGGGGCUAAAAACUACCUAUAAAGGUUGAAUAACGAGGUUGCAUAAGUGUGCUCUCUCUUGAAAUAAUACAAUUCUAUGUCUACCAGCAAAGCAGAUCUGGACUUAGUUUGGUCGUUUCAGAGCUUUAAUUUUCUUCCCUUAGAUGUAUGCUUGGACUCACUGUGAUGAGGAUACUGAGACUCCCCUACAUCUUCAGUAGACGCCUGAAGUUAGAGCCAAGUUUUGUUAAAAGCUGUUCACAAUUUCACCUACCUUGAUGAAAAUCUCAGCUGAAAGAAAGUAACUCCAUGGCAUGAUGCUGUCACCACCGUAUUUCACUGUAGUUUUUUUUUUUUUUUUUGUGCCAACCGUGUCUUUUGGAAUUGUCCAAAAUAUCAUGUUUGGUUUCAUCUGACUAUUACACAUUCGGCCGCAAGUUUAUGGGGAGAGCUUAGCUGCAACUGGAACUUUUCAUUGGAAGAAAAUAAUUUUGUCUUGUGACUCUACUCGGUAGCCAAGAAACUGUUGUCAGAGAUUGAUCUUAAUUAGUCCUCCGGCUUAUCCACUGGUGGUGCUGGUUUCCUGGGAUCCACACUGGCCAACUGAGUAUUUUAUUUCUUGUCUUUGCAAUCAUUUUGGAGAAAGAACUGUUUUUUAUAAAGUCACUACUGUCUUAAACUGUCUCAAUGGUGCUAGGAUAUAUAUAUAUAUAUAUAUAUAUAUAUAUAUAUAUAUACUCCUACAUUAUACCUACGUACAAUUAGGUCAUUUUGAUCUUUAUAAACGCUCUUCAAACCAUCCAUCUUUGCAAAAAGAUGGUAAUGAGCAAAUAAUGCACUAUAAUCGAAAGCCGGUGUGAUUUACAUAACCAGUUUAUGGCACCUUUUAUACCCAGUUGAAUAGUACAAUAAAUAGAUUAUAAACCUGUGGAUGUGUACACAUUUAAGAGCCACUGUAAUAAACAUGUUUAAUUAUUUGUCAAACUGAAGCAUUUUUAUAAUCCAUUAUCUUUGUAAUUUACGACAACAAAACAUGGGCAGAUUUGCAGCAGUUUAAUUAGAUGGGUGCAAAAAUGGUAAAAUAAUUUCAGAACAGAGGCAUAAAUUAGCCAAUGGGGCGAACUGACCUGUGGCCUAAUGUCAACAAAAGUAGUUUGAUAAUUCCUUAUCAGGUUAGUUGCUGGUGUAUCGAUAGAGUUUUCUUCUUCUUUGUUUUCUUUUUCUUAUUUUUUUUUUAUCCAGUGUUUUGCUAAGAGAUAAUAUACAGAGAUAUCUAUAGAGUUAUAGAGUAAAAAUGGUAAACACAUUAUGACUAACAAGAGUUGAAGCACUUUUUUUUAUGACGAGCAUUUGACAUGACGAGGUUACGAGUGGGAGGCAACGGAUCCUUUGCUCUAUUUCGAGAAAAAAAAAAACACUACUGCCAACGCUUACUGUUACGUCCAUUGGCAUUAUCCUCCCGUUGGCAUCACUGUGACAUUACUGGAGCAUGGCACUGCGCUCCCAGCAGAAUGCAAUCUACAGCACUGAGGAAAGUACACUUCAUAAGGGGUACCGUGCCUUUGCCAGAUAUGCUCAUUCUGUCUGCCUAGACUGUUGCAUAUUAAUUGACUGGUCGACGUGAGUUUUCUUGUCUUUAUUAACCCCCUUCAGUUUCCCUCUUUGAGCCUUAAAACCCUGGUGCAAGAGCAGAGGUGUCCUUCUGUCGCCAGCAGGCCAGUUAUCUUAGUAUUGAACAAUCUGAUAAUUCUGGUUUUGUAUAUCCCUUUACGGGCUUUAUUAUUCUUUUUUUUUUUUUUUUUUUUUGGUUAGUUGGUUUGUUUUUCCAAAUGCUGUUAGCUUUUAAGAGACCCACUUACCCCACAACUCCCCCCCACCCUUGCCAGUCCUGCCUAUUUUGUGGCUAUGUCCAGAAUAAGAGACAGCGUUUUAGCCCAGCAACCCCACGUCUGUGCCUUCUGAUCAGUUUUUAUUUCUUUUUACUUUUAUUUUAUAUUUUUUUUAAAUGUACAUUUUACAGUAAGUGGAGGUUUUUGACUGAGAGAUUUGGCAAUUUGACAGAGACUCACAGGUAUUUAACUAUUUUCUGAAGCAAAUGCAAAUAAAAGACAAAAAAAGAUAUUUUUACCUCACAAUUUUAGAGCAAACAUUCCAAUGUUGUCAUGGUCUACGAUUUGACACAAAGAAAAAAGCAUAAAAAAAGAAGUUCAUGCAUUUUUGUUUCUUGUAUUGUAAAUGUUAGACAAUUUCAUAUGCAUUAUAUAAAAAGAAACUGCCAUAUCAAUUUUAAUGUAUAGAUUUUUGCAAAUACUACCCUAUGUAUGUAAGACGUAACUGUAUCGGUAGCGUAUAUAUAAUAUAUUUAUGCCCAAUAAAUGUUUUAAUUUUUUCUGA